AAUUUCCCUUGGCAGCCUUCAGGCAUUGCCUACUUCCAGUUGUUGGCCUGCCAGCUUAUUGUUUGCUUCAAUAAGACAAUUCUGCCACCUAGUUUGAAAUUCUUCUUUGCCAUGGUGAUCAUGUGCGGUGACCGGACCGAGCGACUUUUGCUUGGGCCAAUCGGCUACCACCAAAUGAUCGAUAGUUACAACGCCGUGGACAUACCACAGGACAUUGUCCAGGAACCGCCUUUUUCGCUUCAACAAACGUACUCUCUGAACAAGUCAAUUCUCACUCGCCCCGGAUCUGAAUGCUAUUGGGCACAUCUCGAACUUUGUCGCAGGGGUCAAAAACCCUUAAUGCUGCAAUGGCACUUGGUCAAUAAUUUGGAAAUGGGUGACAUGAUGACCCUGUUAAUGAAGUUGGAUACCCUCACCGAAGCGCAGACGCAGUUCUAUGUCGCUGAGACCGUCCUGGCGAUUGAUUCCAUUCACAAAAUGAGCUUCAUUCACAGAGAUAUCAAGCCAGACAAUCUCCUUUUGGAUUCAAAGUUAUUAGCUGGCUUCUUUUUGUUUUCCAGUGAUUGCGUUGACAGAAGCGCUUUCUUUAAGGUCAUCCGAACAAAGGUUCGGGCAUGCGGCGGUGAAGAGGACGAAAACUCCGCCGUAGGCGCUGAUUUCCAACAAAGCACUGCCCUCUCAUUCCUCCUCACCCAUGUGGCCGAUUUAGUUUUUAGUUCGGCAUUCCCUGACUCAGCAGGCAUCCAUCUGGCAAAAAAUCUGAUGUCGAACGUCGGCUAUGCCAAGGUCGCCUGCUUGGCUAUUUUUCGGGCAAUUGCAAUCCAGCCUUCUCCCCGCAAAUUCAGGCUAAAAGUGAAGCCUGCGAAAAUGAAAAUCCUGCUCACCGACUAA